CGGUGAAAUCAGCACUACAACGGCGAGUGUUCAGAGCCAGCUGGCGGGAUUGAGUUGAGCCGUCCUUGCUUACAAAAAGCAGUGAUUGGUACCAGUCUACUCAAGUACUUGCUCACACACAAGCUCAGGCUUGGUGGGGCUGGGCAUUGCUGUGCUUACACGGCGUCUACUAUGUACUAGAUCCGAACCACAAAUCCCAUGUUGAGAUCUUAUGAGUUAGUUUAGAGCCAGCCUUCACCUGCUUUCACCAACAUGGGCGAGCAAUUCAAUGCUUGGACAUUCACCCAUGGCGGCUACCCGACGGCGCUGCAGCAGUCAGCCCUGCCGCCCGACAAUGAACCGUUGAAGCCUUCAGAGAUUCGUGUCACGACCCAUGCCGCAUCAAUUAAUCCUGUCGACACCCAGAUGAUGGGCUUCCCGCUUUGGCCCUACCUCCCAAGCUUCGUGAUGCCCUCCCAGAAGGGCGUGGCCGAGGACUUUUCCGGCGUAGUCCAAGAGGCAGGGCCGGAGUCGGGCCUCAAGCCGGGCGACGAGGUCUUGGGCAUAUCCCCGUUUCUCCCCGGGGGCACCCUCCAGAAGACCAUGCGUCUCGACACCAAGCGGGGUUCCGUGGUAAUCCCAAAGCCCGCCGGCUGGUCGUGGGAACAGGCCGCCGCCCUUCCCCUCGUCUGGCUCACGGCGCGGACAACCAUCGCCGAGGUCGAGAGGUACGCCAAGAACGGCAGGAUUGCGGUGCUGGGAGGGAGCUCUGCGACCGGGAUGUACGCGGUGCAUCUCGCAGCGCGCCGUGGGUGGACGGUGGCCGCCUCGUGCUCCCGCCGCAACGCCGACUUUGUCCGCAGCAUGGGGGCGGGCGAGAUCAUCGACUACGAGACCGAGAGCGUUCCCGGUCGACUCAGAGACUUCGCACCAGACGCCGUGAUCGAUUGCGUUGGCGGGACGGAGUGCCUGGGUAUUGCCAACAGGUAUGUAACGAUUGUCGGCGACAAGACCAACCGGUUCACAAUGGGCGGCGCGAAUACCUACCUGUGGAAUCCUCAGAUGAUCCUGCGUGCCGUUCUUGGGAGGCUUGGUCUUGGUCCGUCGUACAGCUGCGUCAAUCUCGAAUUCAAGUACGCUUUCCUGGAGGAAAUCCUGGGUCUGCCCAAGGACAAGAUAAUCAUCGACAGCAUCUUUGGCUUCGGCCAAGUCAGGGAAGCGUUCGAAAGGCUUAAUACGGGGCGCACAAGGGGGAAGGUCAUAGUCAGGAUCAGCAGUUGAAGCUGGUCCAAGCGAGUGCCAACCUUUCUACCUGAGUACCCAGGUAGGUGGAGGCUCGGUGACUCCAGACUUGAGGAUGUCAGGACGGGGCUUGGAGCUGGCGGUUUGCUCUACUUUGUGCACUUCAGCAUAUCACUUAGCCUAAAAUAUCGUGGGAGAGAUCUGAAAGUCAGAGUUAAAAUUGGUAGAAUCAGGCACUUCCAUCAAUAUCGUUCAUCUACUAGUAUCACAUUCA